CACUGCUAGUCCCAGGCGCUGCCAUGAAUCUUCCAUCAGGAUCAUGUGAUAAUCUCUCUCCACUCCACCUGCCUGCCUGCACUCUGAGCUCAGCCUGCUCUCGCCAGCUCUUCUGUUGUAGAAUAGACGGACUGACUGCCAGCCAUCUCUCAGCAAUUCACAAUCAGUGGUUUAAAGAGCGAGCACAUCUUUUGCCGUGAACCUGUGGACCCGACCACUUUCGAGCAAAUCUGUCGACCCUGUACUGCCAACUGAAAGACUGACAGCACUCAAUAACAGAAUGGAAGUGGACCUCAGUGGUAUUUCCAGGACAGACUUGCCUGUCCUUCCUGCACCUGCUCUUGAAGUGAACUCUCAGGGGAAAUCGGAGCCGGAGAAACCUCGGAGCUCCAGCACCCCGUGUUCCCCAGUCAAGCGGGCCGUGUCCAGCUAUCAAAUUCUUCACAUGGAUACCAACUACCUGGUUGGCUUUGCUACCGGUGGCGAACUUUUAAAACUGGCUAAAAGGUGGUCAAGUAGUGAAGUGGGUGCAGCGAAUGUUGUACCUGGCCAACUUACCAAACAGCAGGAUGUGGGACUGACUAGAACUUCACGGGUCUAUCGAACCAAGAACCAAUAUUAUCAGCCGUACGAGAUCCCGGCGGCAAAUGGGCGGCGGCGGCGGCGAAUGCCAAGCUCGGGGGAACGAACCAUCAAGUCCUUAUCUUUCGACCAGAACAGAUGUCUACGUGGUCCUUUGCCAGUUUGCCUCAUUAAAGGGAAAAGAGCCCAGUCGAAAUCGUUGGAUUACCUAAACCUAGAUAAAAUGAGUAUUAAGGAGCCAGCAGACACGGAAGUACUGCAAUACCAGCUACAGCAUCUCACACUUAGAGGGGAGCGUGUGUUCAACAGAAAUAAAACUUGAAAAGAAAUGCAUUGCUUGAUUCAAUGAUGCACAAGAAACAACACGGCUUGUGGAAAUCCGUGUCCUAUUUGCCCCAAUUUCAUUGUGACUGAUGGGAGCUGUCGAACUGAGCAAUUUGACAGUAGAUAUUUUGGUUUUCUUGAUGGAACAUUGAUUCUAUACAAGCUAUGCACUGGGCUGCAAAAUCAGUGCUCUUUCUGGUAGAAUGAAUGUGGGCUAGAUAGUAUAGAUGGCCAAUGUUACAUUGCAGAAAGAUAAGAAGCAGUUUACUCCGAUGUUACCGGUAAAUGGUUAAAAUGGUCUUCUGUUCUCGUUAUGGCAGUAAGUUUGAAUGGCUGGAGGUACUGCUGCACUGUUAUUCUGUAGCAAUAAUAACCAAUUGUCAAGGUUGUCUUUGGUUAACAUUUAUGCCUUUUUGUUAUUUAGCUUGUUUAUGAGUUGUAGCUGAUAUACUUCUACUAUUGGAAGGCAAAGAAAUGUUAUCUAAUCAAAUAAAUUUAGAUGUGGAGUCCUAUCCAGUAGGGGGGAAAGUCAAUUUUAAAAUUUACUAUAUUUUGCAUUUAUAUAGAGGUUCAACCUCUUCUUGACCACUAUUUUAAGCUAACGCAUCCUUCAUCUACGUCAGAAGGCGAUGAAUUACUGAUGGAAGAUUCGUAAUAGCCCAUAUAUGCACUGCAGUGAACCUUCUGAACUGAAGUGUGAGGUUUUGACUAACACAAUUUAGAUGAGCCAGAUAUGUUCUCAUCCUUAUAUUCACUUGCUUUAUGAACUGACUUUUACAAAUAUAAAAGAAAACUAAAUUGCAAGCUUAUUUGUUUGAUUAACAGGCGGGCUACAACAGUUUUUCCUCAACUGAAUUUGUUAAUAUAAAUACAUUGUGAAUCAAUGAGUAAGGAAAUAUUUUAGCGGUAUAUUUGUUUUUUUUCUAAUUUAAUAUUAUUAUUGUAAUAAUAUAGAAAUAUUAAUACCAGAAGUAAAUUGAAAAUGUAUGCUUGCUGUUUUUUUCCAUGUUUGAGUGUUGUUUCGUAGUUGGCUCAGCACAGCCUGUCUGACUUUGAGGAGAAGUAUUGAGGAUAAUGUAGAAUUUCCGCUGCAAUUCUUUGACACUAAUAUUCAAUAGCAUACCAUGUUUUCAAACGCAGAAUCAUACCAUAGAACGGACUGUUGCUUAAUUCUUUCCCGCUUUUGGCAUUUCCAAUAUAACUAAAAUGUGGUGGAAGUGUGUUUCCAAUAUACCUUGUGUUAAAGUAUUUUAUUUAAAUUCAUUGUGAUUGACUACAACUUGUCCCUUCUUCCCUCUGCACUACUGAAAUUAACUGGAAUGGAUGAGGGGAAAGGGGUCCUAAACAACUUAGUAACCUUUAUGCAGCUAUAGCUGUAUUUCUUUCGUAAAUUGAAUAUUCAGAUUCAGAAUAUAUUAAAGAUGUGGGAACACACCAUACAAUUAAGUCAUUAAAGUUAAUGUUCCCUUCAGUGUUUUUAAACACAAUUUUGGAAGUGUGUGGAAAAUUCUUCUGCUGAAAUUGCAUUUAUUUAGCUUCUUGAAGUUUGUGUUGUCAAUUUUAUUUUCAGUACAGAUAUCGAAGUUUUUUUUGCAUUUAUCUGAUAAUAUCUUUAAACCUGGUCUAUAAAAGGUUUAACUUAAAUUGGUUUAACUUCCAUUGCCCGUGGCUUGCAGUAUUUCACUUAAGUCCAUCUUUGCUAUUAGAGCUGAGAACACACUACACAGAGGCACAGGUUGGCCUACAAUGUCUGUGCCGAACAUGAUGUCAAGCUAAACUAACCUCAUUUGUCUGCACAUGAUCUAUCCUCUACAUUUCCUGCACAUCCUUGUGCCCAUCCCAAACGCCUUUCAAAUGCCACUCUCAUAUCUGCCUAUGCCACCACCCCCAACACCAUGUUCUUGGCACUAUGUAAUAUAUAAGGCUAUGUAAAAACAAAGCUUGCCCUCGCAUCUCUUUUAAACUUUGUCCCUUUCAACUUAAAGCUAUACCCUAAAGCUGUUUCAUUGCAAAAGAUUUGUACAAGGCUUUCAUUACAGUUUCCUAGCACAAUUAGUCUAGGCUGCAGUGAUUUAGCAAUAACAUUUGAUACCAAAUACCGAGAACUGAAAUAAAUGAUGGCUACAGUGGUUUCCUUAGUAAGAUAACUGGUUAUUUUUUUCCAGAUUUGUGAUGGUAUUCUUGGGAUGAUUUUAUUUUUUCAGACACGGGGCAGCAAUUGUGGAAACAUAAUGGAGUCCAAGGUAUAGGUUUGUUAUUGUCAACUGUCACAAGCUUUGUUUUGCAAGCUAUCCAAAGAGAUCAGAUAUUGCAUACAAUCUGUUCAUGCUCAAGUACAAUCAAAGGGGAAGAUAAAGAGUUCAGAAUAUAGUUCUUAUCAUUGUAGCGCAUUGGUUCUUUAGACAAAGUCGAAUGUCCUCAAGGGAUAGUUGUGAAAUGAACAGGACCCUAGCUUAUGGAAGGACCACUUGAUAACAGAAGGGAAGAAGCUGUUCCUGAGUCUGGGCCUCCAGUCUCUUGGUUUACAAGGUCAUAUUGCUGAGAUGUUUGUCCUUGUAACAAAUAGUGCAACUAGAAAUAAAUAAUGACUUUUAAA